AUGAAACAUCACAAGCUGCUGCAUCACGACAGGAAAACGCAAAAGGAUAAGGAGGAGCCAACGGCAGAAGUUAUCACAGCCGCCAACCCGUGCGAACGUCGUCGAGCAUACUUGAAGAUAGCGCCAAUUGUGUUAAGGGGGCCUCUCACCACAAUAGAGACGUACGCCUUAUUGGAUGAGGGAAGUACGGUGACUCUUAUUGACGCGUCGGUAGCGGACAUUAUAGGGGCAGACGGACCAUCGAAGCCUAUGUGGAUACAAGGAAUUGGUUCAGAAAUGAAACAGGAAAACAGUAAAAUUAUUAAUCUUCACAUCCGUGGGAAAUACGUGGAAAAUGAAUACGAACUGGAGGCCGUGAGAACGGUAGAGAGAAUGAAAUUUGCUCCAGAGACGGUCUUCGAUCAUCACCUGAGUAGUUGCAGUCAUUUGAUGGAUAUCAAGGAAGAAAUAAUGUACAGCCAUGCAUCACCGAAGGUACUGAUCGGUCAGGAUAAUUGGCAUCUCAUAGUAACAAGGGAACUGCGAUCAGGACGUCGAGACCAACCAGUAGCAUCACUAACUAACCUAGGAUGGGUUCUCCAUGGAUGUCAUAGUUCAUUGUCAACCGUAGUAGCCUUUUGCGGAAGGAUUCAAGAGACGAAUAUUGAAGAGGAAAUAAGAAAUUAUUUCAAACUUGAAUCCUUGGGCAUUGAACCGAAGAGACCGAAAGAGGAUCCCGAGCAGAGGGCGAUACAAAUUUUAGAAGAAACUAGUAACCGGCUGCCGGACGGGCGUUUUGAAACAGGGCUGUUAUGGAAAAAUAAAGACGUAGAGCUUCCGAAUAAUUUUAAAGACGCAGAGAGGCGACUGCUCUCGCUACAGAGGAGAUUAGACAAAAAUGUAGAGUUGAAAAUGAAGUAUGAAGAAAGAAUAGAAAAUCUCCUCAAGGCAGGAUAUGCAGAGCGCGCUCCAAUGCCACCCCCGGAGGGGCGUACAUGGUAUUUGCCGCACUUUCCAGUGAUUAACCCGAUGAAGCCGCACAAACCUCCAAGACUGGUGCAUGAUGCAGCCGCCAAGUCGGCGGGAGUAUGCCUGAACGACAUGUUAUACUCAGGACCGGACUUGUUACUCUCGCUUCCCGGCGUCAUCAUGCGCUUCCGGCAACAUGCGUAUGCGAUCACCGCCGACAUAAAGGAGAUGUUUAUGCAGAUAAAAGUAAGGAACGAAGACAGGGACGCACUGCGUUUCCUGUGGAGAGGUCAGCGGCGCAAGAACGAAACGGAGGAAUUAAGGAUGACUUCCUUAAUCUUCGGAGCGACGUCGUCACCUUGCACGGCACUCUACAUCAAAAAUAAGAACGCACAAGAAUAUUCAAAAGAAUACCCAGAGGCAGCGGCAGCUAUUAAGAACAACCACUAUAUGGACGAUUAUUUGCAAAGUUUCGGGACCCUCGAAGAAGCAGAAAGGAUUGCAAAACAAGUAGAUUUUAUACAUAAGAAGGCAGGCUUCGUAUUAGAUGGAUGGACGUCAAAUGAAUUGAAAAUUGUAGAAAAUUUAAGUAGAAUGCCGGCAACCACAGUAAGCCUAGGAGGAAAGAAUACAGAGAAGACACUCGGAUUAUUGUGGCAUGUCCAGGAGGAUUAUAUUGGAUUUAAUACAAACAGAAUGAAAAUACCCGAAGAUGUGCUUCAGAGUAAGCGAACGCCGACGAAACGGGAGGCAUUAAGUAUAAUUAUGGCACUAUUCGACCCGCUGGGAUUGAUUUCGCCGAUUACCACUCCAGCCAAAAGGAUAUUUCAGGACACAUGGAGAUAUAGAACAGAAUGGGACGACUCUAUCCCGGUAGAGCUGGCGGGUAAAUGGAAUUAUUGGUUGAAAACCCUAGCAGUGGCGGAAGGUCUCCGGGUGCCGCGGUGUUACGACAGUCAGCCGGCAGCAAAAUAUCAAAUUCACACCUUCGUCGACGCGAGUGAAGAAGCCUAUGCGGCAGCAGUAUACUGGAGAAUGACCCGGCCUGACGGCAGCGUCCAAGUGGCUCUAGCAGCGGCGAAGAGUCGCGUAACACCAUUAAAGCCUAUAUCGAUACCGAGGCUGGAGCUACAGGCUGCGGUGCUGGGAGUUCGUCUGGCGAAAACGGUAUUAAAUGAGCAUGACUUUCCCGUCGAAAAGAAGUUCUACUGGAGCGACUCACGUACAGCAUUAACCUGGAUAAGGUCGGAACCCCGCGUAUAUAAGACCUUCGUCGCGCAUCGGCUAGCGGAGAUUGAAGAGACCACGAAGAAGAACGAAUGGAGAUGGCUGCCGUCCAAGGAGAACGUCGCGGACGACGCCACCAGGAAUACACCGGAGGACUUCGGGUCAAACCAUCGAUGGUUCCAGGGACCGCCGUUCCUCAGGCGAAACGAAGAAGAGUGGCCGGUAGAGCUAGUAGUAACGCAGGACGACGUCGCAGAGCGUAGAGAGAGGUGCAACGCUCUACAGAGAGAAGAAAACAGUCAUCGCGAAUGUCUUCCCGAUGUGCGGAGGUUCUCUAAAUGGGAUAGAUUGAUAAGAGCCACUGCGAGAGUCCUGCAAUUUAUUCGACUGUGCAAAAACCCAAAAAACGUCGUAGCUGCCUCCUGGAAACGUACAAAAAAGAAUGAAAAAAGCGACCCGGACUGGAGAAAUACCGGGGGAAAAAUCGCGUCGCGUUUAACUGCUCGAGAAGGAAAAACGAGCAUCUGCUACGAAAUGAUCACCGCAAAAGAACUAGAAAAAGCAGAAAUGCUGUGGAUGAAUGCCAGCCAACGAGAGGCCUUUCCAGAGGAAAUUGAUAUGAUUGGGAAAGGCAGGAAUAUCAGUAAGAACAACCGCUUCGUUAACAUAAGAGUUUAUAUGGACGAAAAAGGAACUCUACGUGUAAGAGCGAGGACGUCACAAGAUGUCGACCCACCAAUACUCGACGGAAAACAUCCCUACACCCGGCUCUACAUAGCGCAUGCACACGAACAAUUGCAUCACGGAGGUGUAGAGAUGGUUGUGAACGAACUAAGACAAAGAUUGUUUAUAUUGAAGAUACGACCGUCAGUUAAAACUGUCAUCAAGAGUUGUAUGCAGUGUCGCAUUAAAAAAGCCAAGCCAGCUUCACCGUACACGGGCGACCUUCCCGCGGCUCGAGUAGCUCAUCACGCAAGACCAUUCACCUUCACAGGACUCGACUAUUUUGGACCGAUAGAAGUAACUGUGGCGAGACAUAGAGAAAAGCGAUACGGGGCGUUAUUUACAUGUCUAACUUCAAGAGCCAUUCACAUCGAAGUCGUGAGUUCAUUAAGCGCGGAUGCGGCUAUUUCAGCGCUACGAAGAUUCCUUGCCCGGAGAGGGUUCCCCAAAGAGAUCUGGAGCGACAACGCGACCUGUUUUAAAGCGGCGAACAAGGAACUGGCAGAGGCCGCUCAAGAAGCUCUAGAAAAUGAAGUAAAUUGUCGUCGCAUCACAUGGAAAUAUAUACCGCCGUCAGCACCCUUCAUGGGAGGUGCAUGGGAGCGCCUGGUGCGCUCCGUGAAGGAGGCGUUAUAUAACGUAUUAAAAGAAAAGUAUCCUCGGGAAGAAACAUUGUCUACGUUAUUAGUGGAAGUUGAAAAUACAGUAAAUUCACGUCCGCUAACCCAUGUCCCUGUACAUUCGACAGAUGAGGCUGCCAUCACACCCAACCACAUCCUCAUCGGCCCGAACUGCCACGCGCCUGUGCCGGGCCACUUCACCAGCAGCGAUGUGUCUGCCCGGCAGCUGUGGAGGCGCGCCCAGGCCCUCGCAGAUGACUUCUGGCGCCGAUGGGUGAGGGAGUGCCUGCCCUUGCUCCGUCACCGGCGGGAGCCCUAUGGCUCCGGCGGCGUCGCCCCUCAACUGGGCGAUGUCGUAAUCAUCUGCGAUUCCAACCUGCCUCGCAACACUUGGUCGCGAGGCCGGGUGACCCGCCUGUACCCGGGCGCCGACGGAGAGGUGCGCGUCGUCGACGUCACCACGAGCAACGGGCACGUCCUGCGCCGGCCUACGAAGAAACUCGUCGUGCUGCCAACGGGAUCGCGGUUCGGCGACGACGGGAGGAUGUGCACGACAGCGUAA